GUUCUUCCCAACAUGGCAACCAACACCGUCUAGAUAUUAAGCCUCGCAGGCUCUCAGUCAUGUGUCUCGUCCAUCAGCUGGGAAAUCGCCACAGGCCAUCUAUUUACCGCAUUUUUUUUCUCCUCAGCUCUCAGAAGCGAACGGCGCCGUCGUCUUCGUGUCGCCGCUGAAGGUGGAUUCGCUUUGCUAACAGCACCUUCUAGUUCACACUCACCGCAUGCUCAAUGUUUGGUUCAGGUGCUAUCGGGAAGGGUCCUCAUAGGCGAUGAAAUUUGCUACUGUCGCAUGCACCGUAUUUUCACCUGGCCGAGGCGGGCCAGACUGCCAGAUCUUUAGAGGCUAUCUGCGAGUAUCCGAAGCUCAUACAACACUACUGGAAGAAGAGCAUUAUCGUGCGGCUGCUGCUAUCCUCCGCUCCGUUUCCUCUUCCACCAGAUCCAGCAGAGCUCAGGGGUUUGGGUCGAGUCGAACCUGUGGAGGACCUCCCCUCCAUUGACCCCUGUCUGCCCUGAUCAGAGAAGGAAAGCGGGCAGAUCCCUGGGCAUCAACCGUUGCGGGCGGCCGAACGCCAAUCAGCUCUUCUGGACUUGGCAUAUCUCCACCAAACCAACGGCGCCGUUCUUCAGGGCACAGACUGGCGUCUUAGAAGAGGGGGAGUGUGCCUGGGGCCGACGGGCCCUCUUUCCAACCCUCCCCCAACUUCAAGUUUUUUUUUCUCUUGCUACGGAUCAUUUUCUCCAAAUCCCUAGCUCCUCCUCCUGGUUGACACACGCCCCUAGUUAUUAAGGGGUGCUAUUAACAACAGGUCGGUGGAUGUUUUGGCCCAGCCUAGUGACGGCCUUCCCGAGCAUACUAGUCCUCUCAUCUCGCUCUUGUUAUACUAGCUGUCCAGGAACACGGCAGAAUCAUGCUUCCCGGCGCGGCGAUAUGGGACGAAAUCUCCACAUCCUGUGACGUUGCACAGUUUCUGCGAGCAAUUAGCUAGCUACCUAUGUUGCGCUGCUGUUGUUCAACUCGUCAGGCAUCGGCACCAGAUGCCACAGGAGACUGUGCCGGACUGGGGGGGUGCAACAUCAUCAGGAAAGACGGCUGCUGUGCCUCGAUGGCAAGCCGCUGUACAACGAAAAAGAUGGAAAACCCACGUGCAGCAAUAAGCAUUCAUGGUUGACGUGCAGCAGUACACAGUUACAACUCAUGCACCCCGAUCCCAGCGUGAAACGACACCACCACAACGAGCAGAGGGAUUCGCUGGUAUUGGCUCUGAGCUAAUGCUCCCCAGACUCUGCCCCAGAUUCUUCCCCAGACCGACCUACGGUUUCUCCAAAAAAUCGCCCUCCCCCUUCCGCAGGUACCUCUUCUCGGACCGGCUGGCUGGCGUGACCUCUGUUGGGCAUGAUAUUAAUAUGGGCCGUCCAGGUACUGCGGCUCGGUCAUGCCUGAUUGGUGAUGGUUCCCAACUUGUGCCUGGCUAAGCAGCCUCGUCCCCCCCUGGCUAUCCCGUUGUCCUCGUGGCUUGACACGGCAUUGAGCAGCAACGUCGUCCAUUUCGACGGGCUCCUUGCUCACUUCCUACCUCUGACGGAGUCCACUCUAUCUCAACCUUACUCGGCAAGCUAUACCUGGGGCCCCCAUAGCAAUGUACAGUACCCUAUCGUCCUGCACAAGCGCCCGCUACGCUAGGUAGGGCCUCCCCAGAGCUCUUGGCCCGACUUGACAGGACGUUGCAACGUCGAACAAGCUUCUCCACACCACGGGUCCAAGGAAGGCGGCCUCGAAAGCCGGGGCAUGGUCCAAAUCUCUGCUCUCCCCACAAUGUACCAUACCUACAACUCCAGCUGCAUGCCAUGGAGAUAUAUAAGUCUGCGUCUGCUCCCCAUGUUCUCGCCUCUCUUCGUCAUUACCCACAUCUAUCUUUAUCCAAGUGGCUACCAUUGAGCGCUUCUACCCCAGCUCGUGGUUACUUUCCAUCUUUGCCAUUGCCACUUACCCCAGCUUCUCGCUUGUAACCGGUACCCGGCGGCGUCCCCGGCAUCGCCAACCUGUCGUGCUCAUAAAUACCGUGUGGCCGUCUGGGUUGCGUCUUCCCCAGAACCACCUUUGGCACUUCACAGCUUUGGACUUUCCAACAUGGCUCCAUCAAUCCCAGUUCCCACCCAGGGUGGCAUGUUCCACACCUUCCAAGGCGUCACCCCACGGAAGCAGUCAACAGACUCUCAAGAUAGCACAAAGACCAGCUCCACAGGUACAGCCAAGAGGAUAACAACACCACAUGCUUGUGCCGAGUGCAAGAGACGGAAGAUCCGCUGCGAUGGUCAACAACCAUGUGGCCAAUGCCUCUCCAGCCGGGCUCCCAAGAGAUGUUUCUACGACAAGCACAGACAAAGAGUGAUCCCAUCACGCAAGACACUCGAAGCUCUAUCACAGUCCCUCGAAGAAUGCCGGUCGAUCCUGAAGCGGUUAUACCCAACACAAGAUGUGCAGUCUCUUCUGCCUCUCUCCAGACAAGAACUCCUCAGCCUUCUUGACAGGCCAACAAUAGAUACUUCGGUCGGCGGCUUACCAUCACCACCAUUAAACACCAGUCCCAUGUCGGACUUGGACUCACCAAUGAUGCCAAAGACGGAGAACCUGCUCGAGCAGAUGCCAUCCAGAGACACAGAAUGGGACGAGGAGCGAAGAGGAAGAGACCCGAUCCCAGCCGAAGCCGACGACAUCAACGCUCUUUCGCUCUCAGUAGACCGCCAAACAUCCUAUCUCGGUGCCUCCUCCAUCAAGGCCGCCCUCAUGGUCAUGCUCAAGGUCCAACCUGGCCUCCGAAACUCCCUCGCAGCCCCAUUAAACGGAGUCGAGAUGUCCCACAACUACCCAGCUAUCCGCCAGAAGCCCACCACCCAAAAGGACCCCCAACGCAUCCCAUGGUCCUGGAAGGGCCAAACACUCAUCGAUGCCUACUUCAAACGCAUCCACGCUUUCGUUCCAAUGCUCGACGAGUCCACCUUCCGCGCUGAUUACCUCGAAGGCCAACGAACCGACGCCCCAUGGCUCGCUCUGCUCAACAUGGUCUUUGCCAUGGGUUCCAUCGCGGCUAUGAAAUCGGACGACUACAACCACAUCAACUACUACAACCGCGCCAUGGAGCACCUUCCCAUGGACGCCUUUGGCUCCUCCCACAUCGAGACGGUCCAGGCCCUCGCCCUCAUCGGAGGUUACUACCUCCACUACAUCAACCGGCCCAACAUGGCCAACGCCGUCCUCGGCGCCGCCAUCCGCAUGGCCUCCGCUUUGGGUCUUCACCGUGAGUCCAUCACGGUGGGUCUCCCAGGCAGCGACAUCAUCGCAGCCGAAACCCGCCGCAGAACCUGGUGGUCCCUCUUCUGCCUCGACACAUGGGCCACCACCACCAUGGGCCGUCCCUCGUUCGGCCGCUGGGGUCCUGCGAUCAACAUCCGCCCUCCCGAGUUCGGCAUCAACGCCAACCGGGAUUCAUCCCAGCACGCAGGAAUCCUCCCUCUGAUCGAAAACAUUAAAUUCUGCAAGAUCGCCACUCAAAUCCAAGACAUGCUCGCCAUCACCCCCCUUCUCAGGACAGAAGACCGCUGCGCCAUCGACGCCCAGCUCGUAAACUGGUACACCUCCCUCCCUUGGCUCUUGCGGACAACCGACCCCUGCGCGGAACCGCUCUACAUGGCCCGCUGCAUCAUGAAGUGGCGCUACCAAAACUUACGCAUGCUCCUCCACCGCCCCGUCCUCCUCUCCCUUGCCUCCUCCGGCCUCAACCCCCAUACCCAAGCCUGCGACGCGGACCUCCAAGCCAUUGAGACCUGCCGUGAACUCGCCGCGGCCACCAUCGAAGACGUCGGCCGUGAAUGGACCCGCAACCAAAUGAGCGGCUGGAACGCAGUCUGGUUCCUCUACCAAGCAGCCAUGGUCCCCCUCGUCUCCGUCUUCUGGCAAUGGGGCUCUCCCCGCGUGCCAGAGUGGCUCAAGCAAAUCGAGCAAGUCCUCGACCUCCUCGAGGUCAUGGAGGAGUGGUCCCUCGCCGCCCGGCGCUCAAGAGAGGUAGUCUGGCGCAUGUACGAAGCCUCCCGGGCAGUCCAAGCUCAAGGCGCCGCUGCCCGCUCCCAAUCCCCCGCCGGCCUUCACAUCACCACCACAGCCGACAGCAUCGUCGUCGGCGGCGGAGAAGUUCACAUGAGCCCCAUUGGUCUCGAGCCAGUCGACGGAAUGGGGGGUAUGAUGGGUCUGCUUGAUCAAGGGGGUCUAUGGGAUCUAGACGGGAUGUACUGGGGUGGAAACGGCCCUCAGUCCCCAACACACACUGGAAACCCAGACGACAGCGCCGCCGCCGCCGAGUUUGCCGCUUACGCUGCUGCUCAACAAGCCGCCUCCGCCGCUCAUCACCACCACCCCGAGCUGAUGCAGCAUGUGGACUAUGGGAUGAUGCACCACCACCACGCUGGACAUCAUCACGUGGGGAUGGAGGGCUUUGGGUAUGUUCAGUGAGCUAGCUGAUUACCUAACAACACCAUCUCCCUCCUCCCCGGCUGUAUUACAAUCCCACCCGGAACAUCGGCCCCCUUCAUAUUCCCCAACGCUACCCUACCGUCACACCCAGUGGCGUCUCAAGCAACUCAAAAAAAAAAGUCUGGGGUAACCGGGCAGUCUGGGGUAAACAGGGAUUAUUUUCCCCCUUGUUCACUUCUUCUUCGUCGUCAUCAUUCUAUAUGACAAUUCUUUUUUUUACACCCCAAAAUUUUCACUUUAUUUCAUUACUACUCAAAGCAAAUGGAACGGAUGGAAACGGAUGGAAUCGGGGCCGGAUAUACCAUAACUUACUUUUUAACUCUGGAAACGAAAUUUGUUGGGGUUGCUUUUUUGCUUUUUUCUCUUGCACAUAUUUUUUUGUAUAAACAAUGAUGAUGAAUGAGAGAAAGAGGAUGAAGCAGGAAGGUCGGUUGGGGAAAAAGAUCGGAAAAAACACACACGCACGCAAAUCUCCUACAACAAACAAAACAGGAAUUGGGAAAGUUGGAAAGGACAGGACAAGGGAGUUCUUAAAUUAGGUUUUGUCUAGGCUUAUACCCAAUAUUCCACUUUUUUACAACACACUUCACCAUCAUGUCUUUGA